CCUUGUCACACUGUCGUGGCUCACUGGGACACAUGAAUGUAACAGGACCAACACUGAUGUUAUCACCUGUGCUGUUCCUGCUAUGGCCAGUCAAAAUGUUUGCUGUGUAAAAGGCCUGUUUUUCCUGCUCAUGAAGAGUGCAACACCUUAAAGUUCUCAUCAUAAAGGCGAGUUUAUUUGUUAGAGUCUCACAUUACUGCUGUACUCCUUUGGCUGGUGUUUUCCCACCGGCAGUGCGGAGAUCAGACGCUGUUCGGCGCGCUGGCACCGUGAAAGGAGUCGCCCUGGCCGGCGAAAGACACUGACAGCAACGAGCCUGUGAAAACUCACGAUCCAGCAUUUCAGCAUCCACAACGGGACGCACAAACAUGCAGGCGUUGACGGGAGCGCACUGACUGUUGAGAGGGUAUGGACGCGUCUGAGUCAGAGGGCCGCUGGGGUUUGAUGGGUGGGAGAGGCAGAAGCUGAAGACGUGAGGAGGAGGAUGGUCCAUCAGUUCCUGCUUAAUUUCUCAACCAACUGCCUUUACGCAGGGUGAAGGGAUACAGAGGUCCGCCGCCUGGCAGUGUAAUCCGCUUGGCGGUAGGAGAAGGGAGACCCUAUCCAGACUAGAGGGAGGGAGAGUUUUAAGUCGGACAGGGCUAUAGAGACUUGACAGGAGCGCAUGGUCAUAUUUGAAGCGUCUGUCCCGGCGCUGGGAGCCUAAAUGAAGUGUCUGAUACAAACUCUGGCAUCAUGAGUGGACAAACUAAUGGAGUUCAGUACCAGUCAGGUCUUUACGGAGGAAGCAACAGCAGCAGUUCUCCCCUCUCCAGUCAUGGAGGUUCCCCCAUCGUGUGUGCGCACUGUGGGGAGGUGUGUCGUGGAGAGGUGGUGCGAGUCAAGAAGAAACACUUCCAUGUUCACUGCUUCACCUGCCAAGUGUGUGGCUGUGACUUGGUGCGCUCAGGUUUCUUCCACCACUCUGGCGAGUACAUUUGUACAGACGACUACCAGCGGCUCUACGGGACCCAGUGCGACAGCUGUGACCAGUACAUCACUGGAGAGGUGGUGUCUGCUCUGGGGAGGACUUACCACUCGCAUUGCUUCGUCUGCAGCAUCUGCAAGAGUCCAUUCCCGAUUGGCGACAGGGUGACCUUCUGUGGAAAGAAGUGUGUGUGUCAGCAAUGCUCACACUCUCUGAGCAGUGACAAACCGGUCAAGGUCCAUGGACCAAGCUACUGUGCAGGCUGUGGGGAGGAGAUCAAACAGGGUCAGUCUCUGCUGGCGCUGGAGAGACAGUGGCACGUCAGUUGUUUUAAAUGUCGAACGUGCGGCUGUGCGCUCACUGGAGAAUACAUCAGCAAGGACGGGAUACCAUACUGUGAGACUGACUACCACACACAGUUUGGGAUCAGGUGUGAAAGCUGUAACGGGUACAUCAGCGGCAGAGUGCUUGAGGCUGGAGGGAAGCACUACCAUCCCGGCUGUGCCAGGUGUGCCCGCUGUCACAUGAUGUUCCUGGAAGGAGAGGAAAUGUACCUUACAGGUUCAGAGGUUUGGCACCCCAUGUGUAAAGAAGCAGCUCGGCUGGAGAGAAAACUGAGGCUGAGACGUACCUCUGAGACGGCGUCCAUUUCUCCACCGGGCUUCUCUCCUCUGCUUGGCUCUCCUCACCACCUCAUCUGUUCUAAGGCUGACGGUGAUGUUUUGGACCAUAAGCAGUUGGUGACGCUUCCCAGGGUCAAAGCCAUAUAUGACAUCCAGCGGCCUGACAUCAUCCCUUAUCAGGCUGACCAUGCACACACACACCUGUCUGAUGACACUCUGGAGCGAUACAGCAAUGGACAGUCAUUGGGCUCCUUAUCACCAUACUCUCAUGAUCUCUUGGAUGGCGUUGAGUUAAGAACUAGACGGUCCUCCAGCUCCACCUUCACUGACUCUCCUGCACACAGUCGCCACAGAGGCUCCCCACUGCAUUCUUAUCUCCCUGGCAGUGAGAGUGGCAGGAGUUCACCCUAUUACAGUCAGCCAGUGACCUGGUGUACCACACCACCCGCCACCACCUUCCAAGCCCCCAAGCAUUUCCAUGUCCCAGCUUCCGAGGAAACCAACAUCUACAGGAAACCCCCCAUCUAUAAGACACAAGUUGUCUUUCUAUCAGACAUCUAUGCCUCCCCAACAGGCAAUAAGAGUAAGACCAAUGAGAACCUUAUCAAUUCCAGUCGCCUUUCUGCCUCCAACUGUAACAGCAUUUAUCACCCGGACUCCAAUUACUACCCAUAUACUGGAUCUCCUAAAGUCUCCAGGGUGAGGAGGUUUUCAUCUGGAGGAGAGGAGGAUGGAUGGAACCACAAUCUAAACAGGGGAAUCGGCAGGAUGAUCCUGAAGGAGGAGAUGAAGGCUCGGUCAGGCCGUCACGACAAUGACAAGUGGGGGAGCAGAUGCAGUUCCCACUGUAGCAGCAAGGAGGCGAUAAACAGUCUAGAAUACAGCUCACUCGAUGGCUCUCCCAGGUCCGUCUACAGUGCAGAUAGCGACUCGUACGUUGCCAAGUCGGCCUCGUUGCCAGGCUACGGAAGAAAUGGACUAAACAGGCCAGGGAGUGUGGGUGCAGAUUAUUACCAGUAUGACAGCAAUAACGCAGUUAAUUGGCAGAUCAGAGAAUACAAGAUUUACCCAUAUGAAGAGCUGAUGAUAUCAGUCAGAGGGCAGCAGCGUCUCCCCAGUGACGUGGACCGAGCCAGACUGGAGCGUCACCUCUCACCAGAGGAGUUCUACAGAGUCUUUGGCAUGUCCAUGUCUGCCUUUGACCGCCUUGCUCAGUGGAAAAAGAACGAACUUAAGAAACAGGUCCGACUCUUUUGAGAAUAUUAAGUCAUCAGGACUGUCUGACCCAGUGCAAAUUUAAUGCCAACAGUUUGAUUUGAAAAGUAGUCCCCAGAAAGUCCUACUGACCCCAGACUCACUGUGUCUCAGUGGAAGAGGACCUGGCUAGCAUGAAAAUGUUUACAGUCAGACCACCAGGCCUCCUGCUCUUGGCAUGUGGUGCACUGGUGUGUACAGACAACUGACCAAAAUGGGUAAAUUAGAGAAAGGAGAACCUGAAGGACAGUGUGAAGAAGAGAGGGGAAAGAAGCCACACUGUUGCUGAAACAGACAAGUUGAGGAUAUGGCUGCUCCUGCCUCUUGUACCACUAGAUGGCACUAUGUUAACAUGAGCAUCAGGGUGGCGGGCUGAAGGACGUCAUGCCAUACUGAGGGUCUGACGCUGGCUACGUUCAGACUACAUGCUGAGGUGACUCAAAUCCAAAUUUUUUGCCCUUAAAUGACUCAGAUAUGAUCUGAUGAAAUCAGAUUUUUUUUCAAAUCAGAUCUGGGGCACAUCAGUAUGUGGUCCUGCAGGAGUUUCUGAUCAAGGCAAACUAGGAAUGAGGGAAACAAAUGAUGUAAUUUUUUGUGUGAACAUAACAACUCACAUCUCAGUUAAAUCUGCGCAUGCAUGGCGGUUUGGGAGCUAAACGGUGAUCACACCAGAGCCAGACACAUGUCACUUGCAAACAUGAAAGCAAACCAUGAACAGAAAAAGAUCAGACAUAAAGAUUGAAAUUGAGCAUCAAGGCCUGUAAUAUGAGCGUAGUGGCUGAGAGACACUAUGACAGGCAGUUAAAGAUUGGGUGAAGGUUACUGAAAAUAUGCCGUGUUUUUAUAAUGUGCUAAUACUGAAAACCAAAGGUUUUCCUCUUUUAUUUCUGGUGUGUGUUUGAUUUUGCUAUUGGAAGCCAUAUCAGUGCUAAGAGUUCUUUCCUCUGACGUUAGCAGACUGUUGAGCUCACUGCGGUGUUUUUUUUUUUAAAUGAUGAUGAUGAAAGUUUAAUGUGAAUGAAAUGUGUUUCGGUUCUGAGCUCAGACAUGUUAAUUAUGCUUAGAAAUCAGGUUCUAUAUGAGAUAUGUGUUUCACUUAUAUUUAAAAAUACUUGCAGUUGUAUCAUGAAGCAGCUCAAAAUUUCAACUGACAGAUUAUGAUGAACUCUGAGUUGUGUUUGUGGGGUUUGUGUGUGUGCAUGUGACAGCAAACAUUCGAUGGAGGAUUUUCAUGGACAAUGGGAAGUCUACUGAAAAAAUGUAAGAAAACAAAUGAAGCGAAUGAAGCAAAUAGGACAAAAGGAAAGAAAAGGGGGAGUAAUGAGGAAAGGAAUGUGUGAACAGAUGAGCAAAAGUGAUUCAAAGGGAAAAUAAGUACACAAAGGAAA